GUAUAAAAAUUGAAAAUUACAAUGUCCGAUGCUGAGGGCACUCAAAAUCAACCGAAAAAAACACGUUUUUGCUGCGACCCGGUAAAAUGCCGUUGCUGCAAUUAUCGCAUCCCUCAGCGGUUCGUCAUGGCCAUUAUGUUGCAUUUGGCUUUGCAAAACAACUUCAACACCAGGGUGGUACUCAACGUGGCCAUCGUCGAAAUGGUUGCGCCGCCCCAAGAAGAAAACAUCACCGAAGUGGCUUGUCCUGAAUUCGGUACACCAGAACCCACCCAGAAGGGUGGUAAAUUUCCAUGGCCGGCAGAAACAAGAGCCCUGGUCCUCUACGCUUUUUACAUCGGCUACACGGUACUGCAAGUACCCGGAGGCUGGAUUGCUGAUAAGUACGGCGCCCGCUAUGUUAUACUUAUAUGCGUUUUAGUCACGACGGCCACUACAGCCAUAUUUCCAAUAUGUACUCAGAGUUUCGGCCACGUAGCUGCCAUAGUGCUGAGGUUCAUUUUGGGAAUGGCUCAUAGUCCCACUAUGCCUGCUUUGUCGUCUAUGGUCAGCACUUGGCUUCCGCCCAGCGAAAGGGCGGGUUGGGGCGGUAUAGCUUACGCCGGUACUAAUCUAGGUACCAUUUUGAGUAAUAUAUUGACCGGGGUGUUGAUACACGCGUUCGAUGGUUGGCCGGUAGCUUUUUACUUUUGGAGCAUCUAUUCUGCGAUAUUUUUCUUCUUCGUGCUUUUGUAUUUGUUUUCAUUUCCCGACACCCAUCCUUUUAUCUCCAAAGAAGAAGCUGAUUUCAUAAGAAAUAUGAAUUCUAACAAUCGUGCUAUAGUAGGCAGAUCGCUGAAAACUCCCUGGCUAAAAAUCAUCAGCAAUAUGCCGUAUUGGGCCAACAUUGCGGCCCAAUUCGCCCACAAUUACAUCUACUUUUCCUUAGUCACUUACCUGCCCACUUAUCUGCGGGAUAUUCUACAAUUCGACGUAUCGGAAGACGGAUACUUUUCAGCAAUUCCGUUUAUCGCUCUAUGGGUAACCUCACUGAUUUUGGGCGGUACAGCUCAUUAUUUUAUACGCUUUAUGACUGAGAAGUGGUUCAAUAUUAUUUGCGGAGCUGGAUGUAAUGUAGCAUCGGCUGCCCUAAUGGUAGGGGCAGUUUAUGCAGGUUGCAAUAGGAUGAUUUGUAUAGCACUCUACAUAUUGAGUAUGAUACUCAAGGCGUUUUAUUACGUCACUUUAACCACCAACAUUAACGCCCUUUCCAGGAAUCACGGCGGACUGAUGUUUGGUUUUUGUAACGCUCUCGGCUCUUUGAGCGGAAUCAUUGGCAAUGCUAUUAUAGGAAGUUUAACGAAGGAUAAACAAUUCAAAGGCUGGGAGAUAUCGUUUUGGAUAAUGUUGGGAGUGGCUUCAGUGACGACGUUGUUUUUUUUUAUAUUUUCAUCUGUGGAGAGACAAAAGUUUGAUUAUGACGAGGAUACACCUAUGGAUCAGUGAUCAGUAAUAUAUGUGGCUGAAAGACUUUAAAAAAAAAACGAUUUUUCUUUGCAUUCGAAUUUUUAAUUUGUAUUUUAAUAUUAAGGUGACUUUGCUAGAGUCAAAAUUGUCCUGGAUAAGUACAUUAUAAGUUUUGAGUUUUUUCUCAUAAGGACCAAAUUAAAAUCUUCACCAUUUAUAUUUUAAAAGAUUAGUGACAAAACGUCACAUUUCUGUCAAUCGUUUCUUAUUUUCCAAACAAAAUUAUGCACUCCAACAAUUCGGGUUCGCUUCGCGUAAUGAGUGCCUCGGACGUGAAUUUGAUUGCUCCAAAAAGAAAAUCGACGGUGGCAUCUCAAACUGAAAAUUGUAGCAAACUGUGCAACCUCCGAGAAAUGUCGGUGCAAGAAAUCAAAGACCAGUACGACAAAACGCUGAGUUUCUUAAACGAUUGCCACGAGUACAUGAACGAGAUUUUUACCAGUAAAUUCAACAGUAACAAGGUUGAUUUUCGCGUGCCCGCGGUGCCGAAUUAUUUUAGUUUGUUGGAAAUGUUUUUGGAACGAAACAAAGUGCAAGAAAUACGUACCAAAAGGGACUUGCUCAAAGAUCAAAAGUGGUUUGUUGAUUUGAGAAUUGCUCAACAUGGAAACGGCAAAACCAACAAACAAGAACAAUUUCCAAUAAACCUAAAAAGCUUAUCAACGGCUUUUGAGGAAAUUUAUAAGACUUGUAAUAAUUUUGAAAGCAAAUCUGAAAUACUAAACACCAAGCAUAAACCUCCGAUUAAGUUUAGGUACAAAGAACCUUCACAAGAAAAACCAAAAUUUAAUCCGGAACAAGGAGAUCAAGCAUUGCAAAGGAAAAGUACCAUCGAAAUUGAAUUGGAUGAAAGUUUUAUCGAAUCUCAUUUGAGUUUUACCGAGUCUAUGGAAAAUUUCAUUGAAUCUGAUCAGAGUUUGUCGGAGUUUAUUAACUCUGAAACUUUAUCCAAUUCUGAACCGCAUACCAGUAGUCUUUCGGAGAAUUUAAAUGUACAACAACUUGAUGAGGAAAAUGGUAAUAAUAAUAAUUCAUAUUGUGAAGAUGUUCAGGAAAAAUCUAUUACUAGUAAAAAUGAUUGUGUUACUUUUGAAGCAGGGAGUAGUAAAAGUUCAACAGUUACUGAAAUUAAUCAAAGAAAAUCGUAUCCAUUUACUUUAAGCAACCGGGACAAAUGCAGAGACGACAUCAAAGAAAUAAUAACAGCAAUGGGGCUGUAUACGGAAAACGGCGACAUACGACCAAACAUAAUUCAACUUUUAGACAAGGAAUGGUCCACUAAUUCUUUAAAAAAGUCAGUCAAAUUCCCAACCAAGCGACAAAUGGAAAUUCAAGUGCAUUACAACAACCAAAAUAUGAGAGUUGCUUCGGAGGAAGAACUAGUCCUACCGUCCGAGGGAAAUUUGAAUAAUUUGUCCGUAUUGACGGGUAGUAGCAGUACCAUCGUUAGCGAAUCUGAAGUGAUUAAUAUUGAGAAUCAUAAUAAACAAAAAAGAAUUAAUU